AUGCUAUACGAACAAGACGGGCGUCUAGUAUAUUCCUAUGAUGGAGAGAAGCUCUGGAUCGAGCCCUGGUCUGCCAAUGCUUUCCGCGUACGAGCCACCAAGUUCUCUACGAUGCCGACCGAGAACUGGGCCCUUCAAGAGCCUCUCAAGACCGGAUCCCAGCCAACGAUCUCGAUUUCAAAGGAACAGGCCACCAUCAAGAACGGCAACAUAAAAGCUGUUGUCACGAACCGCGGCAAAGUCACCUUCUAUAACGCCACCGGAGCCGUUGUCCUCGAAGAAUACGCGCGUAACCGCCGCGAUAUACUCGACCCAAACUGCAGCGCCAUUGAAAUCGAGGCGCGCGAGUUCAAGCCCAUCAGAGGCGGCGACUUUCACCUGACGAUGCGCUUCGAGAGUCUCGAUCCCAAGGAGAAGAUAUUCGGCAUGGGCCAGUACCAGCAGCCGUACCUCGAUCUCAAAGGCCUCGACCUAGAGAUGGCGCAGCGAAACUCACAGGCCAGUGUACCCUUUGCCCUGUCCUCGCUCGGCUACGGCUUUCUCUGGAACAAUCCGGCCAUAGGGCGGGCCGUGUUCGGUAAGAAUGUCACCAGCUUCGAGGGCUAUGCUACCAAGGCAUUGGACUACUGGGUUGUCGUCGGAGACACACCGGCAGAGAUCUCAGAGUCUUAUGCCCGGGCGACUGGGACGGUUCCAAUGAUGCCGGAAUAUGGACUGGGGUUCUGGCAGUGUAAACUGCGGUACGAGACGCAAGAGGAGGUCUUGGAGGUGGCGCGGGAGUAUAGGCGGCGAGAACUGCCUAUCGAUCUGAUUGUUAUCGACUUUUUCCAUUGGCCUAUGCAAGGUGAAUGGAAAUUUGACAGUGCCCAUUUCCCUGAUCCAGACGCAAUGGUUCGAGAGCUUCGCGAGCUGAAGAUUGAGCUCAUGGUCUCCAUUUGGCCUACUGUGGACAAACGCUCGCAAAACUACCAAGAAAUGAUGGAGCGUGGCUACUUGGUUCGCACCGAGCGCGGCAUUCGCACCAAUUUCGAUUUUGGCGGGGAAACCGUCUAUUACGAUUCAACCAAUCCAGAUGCCCGCCAAUACGUUUGGGACAAGGCAAAGCAGCAUUACUAUGCCAAAGGAAUCAAGGUAUUCUGGCUAGAUGAAGCCGAACCCGAGUACUCUGUCUAUGACUUUGAUAACUAUCGAUACCACGCUGGACCGACUCUGAGCGUCGGGAACAUCUACCCUCGGGAUUACGCCAGGACAUUCUACGAGGGAAUGGAACAAGAGGGGCAGACCAACAUCGUAAACCUUCUUCGUUGCGCCUGGGCCGGCAGUCAAAAGUAUGGCGCCCUUGUUUGGAGCGGCGACAUAGCUUCUUCCUGGGCGAGCUUCAGAAACCAGCUGGCAGCUGGCCUCAACAUGGGCAUUGCGGGCCUGCCAUGGUGGACGACGGAUAUUGGCGGGUUCCAUGGGGGCAACCCAGAUGACGAGGCUUUCCGCGAGCUUUUCGUGCGCUGGUUUCAAUGGGGAACAUUCUGCCCCGUCAUGAGACUGCAUGGCGAUCGAGAGCCGAAGAAGGGGACCGGCGAAGCCUCGCGCAGCGGUGCGCCGAACGAAGUGUGGUCGUAUGGCCCGGAAGUCUACGAAAUCUGCCGCAAAUAUUUGCGCAUCCGGGAAGACAUGCGCUCUUACACGAGGCAAUUGAUGAAGGACGCUCAUGAGAAGGGAUCACCAGUCAUGAGACCCUUGUUCUGGGAAUUCCCCGCAGAUCAGGAGAGCUGGGAGGUCGAAGAUCAAUACAUGUAUGGCGACAGGUACCUUUGCUGUCCCGUUUUGAAGCCUGGCGCCAGAGAUAGAGAGUUAUAUCUUCCCCGGCUUCCAGAGGUUGAGGAGUGGGCUCCAUUCUCCCCCGAAACUGGUGGUCAGUCUUAUGGGGGAGCCCAAAAGAUUAAGGUGGAUUGUCCAUUGGAAUCGAUGCCAGUCUUCGUCCGGCGCGAAAAGCUUUGA